AUGGGCCACCUCAAAGGCGUCGUCGUCUGCAUUUGCGGCGACCUACGCUCAGACAAAGACAAGAACAAAACAAUCCGUGAGCAGUUUACUGAUGAAAACAUCAAGAAUUGGCUCAAAUACCGCGGUGGCAAACUCGUCGAGGAGGUCAAUAAGACUACUACCCAUCUCCUCUGCUCCAGAUCCGCCUUCAAAAACAAAGAUCCCAUGGUCCAGUCCGCUCGGAAGCGUGGUUGCUACAUUGUCACUUACGAGUGGCUGGCCGAUACUAUACAGCUUCAUGAUUACCAUGAUAAAAAGAAAGCCCCUCCCAAUCUCUAUCAUCCUAGAAGAGCUCGCGAUGGUGAUGCCAUCUCGAACCUUUACACGGGAAAGAAGAAGCGCAAGACUGCUAAGCAGGCGCCAGUGGGAGCAUUGGAAACCGCCGCCAGGGAUGGUGAUGAUGAGACCAAAGCUGAAAAAGGAAUUGCUGAAACUGAGAUAAAGCACUCAACCAUUCCAGAGGAAACAGACCCUCCAAAUGUGUCCGAAGCACUCGAGAAAGAGAGCAAAAAGGUUGUCGAUGACAAGAAGAAAGCAGGCAUUCUCGCCAACAAAGCGAGCAGUAAGGCCGCUGGAAAGGCCGCUGGAAAGGCCAGUACGAAGCCCAAGAACAAGGAACCUCCUGUCGACCUCAGCCUCUAUUCCGUGUGCAAGGACGAGCCCGGCCUGCACUCCAUCGAGGUCUCGAAGCCUGGUUUGCGAUUGAUCCUCGAGCUUUUUGAGUCCAAGUCAGAACCAAAAAAGUUCUUGUUCGGCGCCAGAAAAUACAAGACCAAAGACCCCGGGUUCUGUGCCAGGUGCUUCCCGAGCAGCGUUCCUGGAAGCAAGAAGCAUGAGUUCAAACAGUUCAGGUUAUUUUUUUGGCAAUGCACAGGUGUCCAUUGGCACCAACGGAACUCAGUGCCGAGCAAGGGGCCGUUUUACUACCAGUCCCCAGCUCUACCGGAAAAGACCACUAUCAGUACCGGGCACAAGGAAACGUCCAGCCAGCUUGGGGGAACUAAGAAACGACAAUCUAUGGGUUUUGAAGCCUUUUCUCGCGAGCACUGCGAUCACAAGACGUCGAUGAAGAGGAAGAGAUGCUACUCAGAAGAGCUUACCCCUGCAAGAGCCUUGAAGGGGUAUUUGAUUUGCGUUGCUUUCAGCGGUGCUUUUGCUUUCAACAGAGUGGUCGGCGAGACCACAACAGAGCCUGGUGGCACAACGCGCGACUCCACGCGCACGACGUCGAGAUUUGUGAUGGAGAACAUACCAUCCACUAUGGCUCGGUCUUAUGUGGACGGUUGCAUGGGCUCGGGGGAGAGCAUUUUAAUGAUCAACGAGGUGCAUGUGGAAUUGCUCGGAAUGGCAAUUGCACGGCAUCAAUCAGCGACCCAAUAG